UAUUCUCUUUUUGUUAUCAUAACCUGCUUUGCCUAACUCUGUUUAUUUAUUUAUUAAUUAUAACAUCUUAAUAUUCAUUGAUUAUACAGCCUUCUAUGAAAUGAAUUAGAUGGGUAAACAAAUAUUUGCAUGGUGCUUCUAGAGCAAGAGAACUUCUGUUUUGCCAUGUUAAAAUAAGCUUUUAUUCUACAGUAACUUGUUCUGCUGCUAAGAAAGGUUGUGGGGUAGAGAAAUCUACCACUUUUGAAAUGUUAGUAGAUAACAUAACAGGUAACAGGUAAUGUGGAGCUUUAAAAAUGCCCAUCAAUAUUUCUUCUGGAGAUUGGAAGAAGGUGUGGUCCCUAAGCUGCUUAAUGACAUCUCAUGCUAUUCAGACCAAAGGUGUCUCUUUUUCUUAAUGUAGUUAUCAGACUAGAAUAUAAUGAAUAACUAAUAAUAGUCUGACAAGUCAGAAAACUUAACAGUACUAUAGAUAGUCAAACUUGAGUACUGGAGAGUUCUGAAACUCAAAUCAGAUAUUCUCUGUGUGAAAGAGUCCUUAUUUCUACAAAAAUCUACUUGAGGAAGUUCUAAAUCACAUAGCUCAGAUUUUGUAGAAUUAUAGUAUGAAAUCCUUUGCAUAUGGUAGGGUGCUUGAGUGCAUGCUUCCAUCAAUUUCUGUUCUAAGUUUUUUCUUUUUAAACAACGUGCUUCAACUUCGUUGGUCCAUGGUGACCAGAUCUAAGGAUAUGGUAGUCCCGAAAGAAGCAGUGCACAUAGGACUCCUCUCAGUGAGUCAUAAACUAAAUAAUUAAAUUUCUUAUACAUUUGGUCCUGUAGCUCCUCAGGAACAAAUUUGUAUAACUUUGCCUAAAUAUGCAAAAAUUAUGAUAGUCUCUAAAUCAUUGUGCUAGUUUUACUCACUUUGCUUUUUUUCAAAUCAUUGGUCAUCUGGUGAAGUUUGUGUUUGGUUUCUACUGAUUUCAGUUCUUUAGGAGAUUCAAUUGAACUGACUCAAGUCCUAACUGUCAUCUGAUGUUCCUGCUCUGGGAAAAGAUGUCCAGGAUCUGCAAUGCUAACAGUAAAGAGAUUCCUAUGUGGCUUCUGAGAGGAGUUGCAGCAAAACAACAGUUCAUGUUGUCAUGAGCUUUCAUACUUACCAUGUGUGCAGUGAAGUAGCAAUUAUGAAUUUCAGAGUCACAAGUUGCACCUAAAAAAGAAUGUGGUGGUGGAUAAAAUUAAAGCAUUAACUACAAAAUCUUUUCAGUACUCAUGAUUAGGUUCUCUUUUAAGAGAGAUGAAGAGGAACGGUUUUUAGGAUGGAAAUAAAAAGAUUGCUGUGCAAAUUUCACUUACCCAGGAUGAUCUAACAGAUGAUCAGCAUGUCUUCCUAUUCAGCAAAUAUUCCUAUAAUGCUUCAUUCCUGACAAGUGCAGAGGCAUGGGUUGUUUCUGAGGAAUUUGAUGGGAUGGGAAAAAAAAACAAAACAAAACGGGAAAUAUGGAAGGGGAAGGGCAACCUGCUGUGCUGCAGCUUGGUGAAAGCAGAACCCAUUUGUCUUCACUUGGUGAUAACAGCUUUCUUCUUGGCUUCUGGGUGGAAGAGUGAACUUGCUUCCCAAGUCCACAUCUGGUGUCUGUGUAUCUACCUAAAGUAGUGUAGGCUUCAGAAAAGCUUUAAUGUCUUCAAUUUUUUUUGUCUUAUAUUUGGUUGUGCUGCUUUUCAGCACAAAUUUAGCAAAAAAUGUUUUAUUACAUGAAGCAUUUGAGUAAAAGCUGUGUAGAUAUUGUAGAUGCUGUAGAGCAUAUCUUACUUUGAAUCUUACUUCGUGUGUCUUUGAUUAAAGUUAUAAGUGGGAUGAGGCAGAUGAAAGGAAUUUUAAUUAAAAAAAAUACUUAAAAGGGAGAAAAGGUUCUUUGCUUCAAGAUACGGGAUUGAGGGCCACCAGCCAAUUCCAGUUCUGGGGUUGGGGUUGAAGACAGUUUAGCAAGGCCAUUAAUUUUCUGCUGCUACUGAAACCAAGCAGGAGGCAGCCAAAUGGCAUUUGGCCACCAGUGUGUUUGAUGUGUCAUGAAUAUGGAAGGAUAAAUGAGAGAACGUGCAGUUCUUCCUUAAAUACAGCUGAAGCAUGCAAUGAGACAGUGAUCACCCUAUAGUGAUUUCUGCACUAUGCAGUGCAGAGAGGCUGCUGGAUAAUGUUAGUCAGCUUGGUAGCGUGGUCAUCAGUGUCCUACUUGUCUGCAGGCCUGCAUGUUUUUCUGUGGAUGUCAUGGGAAGAAAAGUUUUGAGAGCCCAGAGCAUUUACUUGUUAACAUCUGCAAAACUCCUUCCAGAAGGGGUGAAGUGAGAAAGGCCUUGCAUAUAAAGGAUUGAUUGGUAAAGCUAGGUAUGGAAAUUGCAUAUGAGUAGGGGGAUUAGGAAAGGCAGAGAUAGAAACUGGGGAUGGACUUCUAAAGGGAAGAUAAAAUUAAUGCAGUAGUAGCUGUAGGGGACAGAAGUGUUGUAUGUUUUCCUCUAUCAACAGAGCUCUUAAAGUGCAUUCAGGCACCUACAAAGAUAGUAAAAUAUAUGAAAGAUUCAGGUGCACUAUAUAUUCAGGAAAUAUGCUACUUUCUAGAGUAUCACGUCCUAGAAAGUUCAAUCUUCCAUUGUUGGUUUAGUUCGAUAACUUCUGUUAAUUUCUAUAGUCUGUUAGUAGACCAGAUGUUGGGAUUUGCAUCUCUCUAGAACCCACUCCAUACAGACCUUUUUUUUUUACUUAAUUGUUCACCUAUCUAUGUUGUAUCGUUUCUUCUUGGGCCAGCAUGCAUUUGUUCAUCUGAAGAAGUAAAGCCAUAUAAGAGAGAACUGAAAGUAGGACUAUCAAACUUGUCCCUUCCACCUUUUCCCAGAACUUCUAGGUUCAGCUUGGGAGGUGGGUGGAGAACAACUAAGAAACCUGAUUUUGAGCUAUAGGAUGUGUUAGAAAUGUUUAAAAGACAGUGAACAGCUAUUUUGACUUCUCUUAUAGUGAAUUAUGAUAAAUAUAACUCAGGCUGUCUGUAUUUGUCUUCUGUAGGUGAACAGGAUAUUCUUAGUGUUUUGAUUUAAAUCAAGUCACUUUAAAUAUGCUGACAUACAUUCUCCUUUCAGGUGGAACAUUCUUCUUGAUGUUCUUCAUAUUCUUCUUGAUGUCUCCUUAUCAAAUUCUUGCCUUUAUAGAACUAUUUGAGCCUUGUAUGUGGAACUAACUGCAUGAAUCAGAGCAGCUGGGUGGGAUCAUGACAAACACACUCUGGAAAAAGUAUUUAGUGUGACCAUCUCUUUAUGUCAGAACACCAGGAUCUCAUGUCUACAGCAAAAAAGAAAAAAUGCCAAGAUGCUUGUAGUUCCUUAUUUGGUGAAGUGUUGCAGCCAAACAAGAUGAAGGUUGUUUACAGCAAUCAAAAACUAUACAGUGUAGUAGAGACUCUUGUUUUCAAGUGGAUUUAUUUGUCCUGCAGUUCCUCUCUUCACUGAGACUGAAAUAUUACCACCCCUCCACCCUCCUAAAGAAAAAGGAAAAAAACCAAAAUGAUAUGUUUUUUUUUAACAUGUAAUGUUUUUUUCCCUCUGACAUUAAGUGUUACGACUGUGUUAAACACAAGGGCCGAGGAUGUAAAAUGAAAGCUAAGUUGAACUGUGAUUCAAAUGUAACACAGGAAACUUAGUCGCAUUCGUACUGAGGUCUGGAAAAAUUAAUAAAUAGCACUAUUUCAGGGGGCACAAAACUCUUAAGUCACCUCCCUUGUGAGGACAGACUGGGAGAGUUGAAGCUGUUCAGCCCAAAGCAGAGAAGGCUCUGGGGAGACCGGAUAGCAACCUUUCAGUGCCUAAAGGGUGGAUAUAAGAAAGAAGGGGACAGGCUCUUCAGGAUCUGUUGUGAUAGGGCAAGGGGAAAUUGUUUCAAACUAGAAGAGUGGAGAUUUGAGUUGGUUAUAAGGAAAAAGGUUUUUUUUACGAUAAGGGUAGUGAGGCAGUGGCACAGGUUGCCCAGAGAGGUGGUAGAAGGUUUGAGGGCCCUGGAAGCAUUCAAGAUCAGGCUGGAUGGGGCUCUGAGCAGAGUGAUUGUGCUGUGGGUGUCCCGAUUCAUUGCAGGGAGUUGGACUAGAUGAUCUUUAAAGGCCCUUCCAACUCUAACAAUUCUAUUAUUCUGUGAUUUUUGUUUUUUUUUUUAUCAUUAUUGCAGGAAAAAGUUCCCAAAUAGAGCGUGGUUCGAGAUCAUGCAGGCACAACUUCUACUUACCUUCCCCUUCUCACAUGUGACUCAUAACUAUGACUUGUUGUUUGUUCAGUGUUUUUCUUCCAGCUGUUCUGUUUACUGAUAACUCUUUAGAUAUGCCGGAAAACAACUAUCUGAUGCUUUUGUAAGAGGAAAAAAUGACUUGCAGGCUUAGCUUCUCUCUGUUCCUUAGUUGUGAACGUUACUGAACUAGUAGUAGACUACUCCAGAUGUGCCUGACAGUCUUCAGUUUAAAGCUAUAGAGCAUUUUCACUUAAGGAAAUAUUUCUGUAAUGUAUAAGCUAUUAGUUCCACUAAUCAGUAUUCCAAAUUGACCAUGGUCAUUUUUUGUUGUUGUUGUCUCUGAUGGAACAAAUCAAAGAUAGGCUGAUAACCAUUCAAAAGCAAAACUCAGAUCCUAGUUGUGUGCCAGUACCACCUUCCCGAAGACUUUUAGUGAAAGCAAACAUGUAAGGACUGUAUAUUCUCUAGGUGUCCUGAAUUCUCUGCUACUUGCUGCCUUGUUGAGACAACAGUUUGUUAAUAGUUAUUGUUUGAUGGAAGAGACCCCUUAGGACUGUUGUUCUUUGACAGAUAGAACUGUUGUCGUAGUUAAUAUGAACACGAGGACGUUGUUACAGCUUGUGUAUGUACUGUAGAUAAAGACUAAAAUAUCAGCUGUUGUCUACUGCCAUUGAAAUGGAGAGUCUCUAAUUGAGACAGCCUACUCAUCCUAAUGUUUCCUGGGUGAUAAGGUAGUUGUGAUAACUGUAUGUAGGUUAUUGAAAUCUAUUUUAAAUGCCUUUUUCUCAGAUCUUUUUGUCCAUUCUAAUUUCUUGAAGGAAAAUCGGCUAGGGGUACUGUGGAAGUUACCACUGUUUUUCCAUUGUUCUUUUCCUGUUGAUCAGUACAUACCACUGUGAUUAGGUCAGUUCUCCUGCUCCAGGACUCAUUUGGUGAAAGAACUAGCAGAGAGCCAGUCACGGUUCCCAGGGUCUCUGAGUUGGCUGGCCUCUUGUCCGGACUCAGCUUGUCCCAAGGCAAGCGUUACUUUGGCUUGUGCCAGCUGGCUCUAAUCCCUGGGGUGAAUGCUGGACUACAGAAGGAGUUGUGUAUGAGUUGACUGAUCUGUCUCUAUGGUUUUAGGGCAAUUUCUGUAUCUUCUGUGCUGCAAGAAUAGCUAAAAAUGCACAUUGCUACCUUAAGCCUUACUUUUCUUGAAAAUGUUAAUAGUGAGACAUUUUUACUUAGUCUAACUGAAUGCCUCGUUGUUGGUUUUUCCUCCCAAAUGCUAUAGGAAACAAUGCCCCUCAACAUUUCACUUAGGUGGAAAACAAUAUAAAUUAAUUAUUUUCCAACAUUUGCAUAAUAAAUAUAUUCAGAUAGAGAAAUGAAAGUACAAAUCUACUUGCAUACCUUUUAAAGGUUUUGUGUGUGUUGUUGUGAGUUGACUGAAAGCCUGUAAGCAAUUGAUGUGUUGUUUUUUAGGAACAGAUAGAAAGGUGGUGGGAGAGAAAGUAGCAGCAGUGUGGUAGCUGGUCAUACUCAGGUUUAUUAAUUUCCAGUAGGUUUUUAGCAAUGUGCUGCUAGUAUAUGUACUUUUGAAGAAAUAUAAAUAAGUGUACAUAGAUAUGAGGUUACUGCUCAUACAGAACUAUGCUAUAGUUAUUCUAGCAUGCUUUCUUAUAGUAUAGAAUACCCAAACACAUUUCUUUUACUAAUACAUUAGUUGGAGCAGAAUUUUAGUGCCUGGCUGAACUCAUAGGUUUUGACAGCAAUUGUGUGACACUGAGAUUGAUUGCAAAGUGCCAAUGCUUGCAACUCAAGCUUUUGAUCUGGAAAGUCUUUAUUAUUUCUUCAUGGAAGUCGCUGAAUUACAUUGCACUGAGAUUUUCAUGAAUCUAAUGAGUUUCUUGGUACUGAGAAAGCUGAACUGCUUGUCCAUUAAAUGGUCUAUUUAUUCCGGUGAUUUGCAUUCAGAAGUGGUCUCAAGCAGUUGCUUUAGGCUAAGUGAGAAUAAAGCAAGCACCUGAUUGUUUUUCUUUUCUACUUUCCUGUUGCAGAGAAUUCCUGCAUGGCUUCUCUGUUGAUGAACUUUGGCUGGAUCUCUUCUGUGGUUGUGGUGGUUUUUGUUUUUCUCUCUGGUAUCCCCCUGAAUUUAUUUAUUUAUUUUUUUUAUUUUACACUGUCCUUUGGCAGAGAAUUCUACCACUUACAUGACUUCUUAAUUUUGUUUUUGAAACUGUCUUCUACUGGCUUCACUUAGUGCCUCUGGCUUAGGCUGGAGUAGGUCAAGAACGGCUCAGUUCAUUCACCCUCUUGCUCUCUCCAUCAUUCUGUAGACCUCUGAUUUCUUUACAUCUUUUUAUUUUUUUUUUUAAAGACCAAAGACUUCAAGCCUUCUCAGUUGUUUCUCAUGUGGAAGCAUUUUCACAUCUUGACUACUGAAUUUUUCUGCUUUCUGUUAAUUGAUAAGCUCUGUAGUAGAUUGUGUGGAACUUGUCAAAAUGUAACAUUUUUCUUGAGUGAAGUGUAUCUUAAGCUUCCUCCUUUUUUUCUCCUUAACAACAGUAAGGAGACUAAAAAUAUUUUUCCUUACCAACACAGAGCAUUUUUCCGUGUAGAUAUUUAUAAGAGCAUGACAAUGACAUCAUAACACACUGAAGCCUGCAACUGUGUGCGAUAAAUGUGUUGUUAGUAAUGUGAAGGAAUCUGUAAAGUGUUUUUUAUCACUGGCUAUUUUAGUUCUUGAUUUAUCAAUUUGUUUGGAGAAGAAGACUUGUUCACAAACUUCUGUGAGUGGAAGCUGAAAUGAUUAUUGUCUCUAAGGAUCUGAAAAGAAUUUAGGGAAUCCUUAAUUUGUAGAUGAAAAUACUUCUUGUCUUCUGCAACCAUACUUGAGAUUCUCCUGUUUUUUUCCAAGUGCAUUUGCCUGAAGUGGUUAAUCAUGCCAUUGUGAAGUAAGCCUAGCUGGUUGAGUUCCAGCCAAAACAAUGCAUCAUAACUGAGUUCUAAGAACUUAGCCUGCUUUAAGAUGUUGGCUGUUCCUUCACAGCAGUGGGAGGUGAAACUUGGAAAAUUCUUCCAAGUGUAUUUUUGGUCUUCAACUGUAGUAGAGAUUGUGACUUAGGCAAGUAUCAGGCAUGAGAAGGCAAUUCUUUGUUAAUGACCUACAAGUUGGCCAUGUUGUGAAGAAUCAGUACGUGUAUGACUAGCGGCCUGCUCAUGCUUUUGGUGAUCAUUGCAACCAUGUUUGGUGUAAAAUCUACUUGAGACUUAGGUCAUCUCCCCUCCUGCUUUUCCAUUAAACUAUGGUUAAUGCUGCUUGGUGCAUUUCGCUUUGAAUUCUUUCUGAACAGAGUAUUUUGAAGGCACCAUCUAUGCCACAAAAAUGUGAGUGUGCCAUUACUGAGGUAUGCUGUUGCUAUCUAUGGCAACUUUGUAAUUCUGUGAAUAGUUUACAUUCUCUGUGCUGUGUGUUGCUUUCUCUUGUAUAAUUACUUUGAUGUAAAACCCUGGUAUCCUUAUCUACAGUGAGUUUUCUACUUAAAUCACAGCGGCAAUGUAUUUCUGCAGUGAAAAGAAGUAAAAUCAUUAAAUCUGGCCAGGUUGCUCAGAGAGCUGUGGGUGCUCCAUCCGUGGAGGCAUUCAAGGCCACUUUCGAUGAGGUCUGCGCAGCCUGAUCCAAUGGGUGACAGCCGAGCGUUGGAACUAGAUGAUCUUUGAGGUCCCAAGAUGUUCUGUGAUUCAUUCCGAGAAAUUUCUGGGCAGUUAUUAGAUGUGAUGUGAAUAACUAAAUGAAGCUGCGGCCUUUGACUAGUUAGAAAGAACUGUUUACACUGUCAUGUUUCUCUACACGGAUCUACUGUUUCUUCUCUAAGAGACUGAAGUUUAUUUCCGUAGAUGAGACCAACUACUGAAUGCUUCUGUGGUGAAACACUAUUCAGUGCCUUUGUGAAUGUGGUUGUAUGUCUUUCAUUCUUGUCUAAAGUUUUAUGCAUAGUCCCAAAGCAUAAACGUAGCUCAGGGAAUGGCAAUGUGCUGUUAGAGGUGGUGAGGAGAAAAGUCAUUGUCAGAAUGCUUUUAUCUUGGAAGAUAAUGCAUGGUCUUACAAAAAACUUACUAUUAUAUAUAGAUUUGCUUUCUUCAAAGCCUUUUAAACAGAUAUUAAUUUAUUGCAUUCAUUCUUGUGAGUUUUCAAAUACGAUACUACUUAAUUGUGAAAGUUUUUCCUGGGUAGAGAUUUGGCUCCUCUGCUUUGACAUUUAUGUGUACAUGUAUAUUUAUAGUUGUGAUCUGUCUGGAAUUUGCCUUUGUGGUUUUAUUUGCUCUUUAACUUGUUCUGUGAUCUAGUCCUGUCUUGCAGUUUUGUCUGAGCUUUUAACAUGUGAGGAAUUUAGUUUUUAAUUUAUUUUUAAAAGUGUUAAUUGAAAGGAGAUAUGAGCGUAUUUGUUCAACUUCAGCUAUUUCAAAGAAUGACACAGUUCUGCUUUUCCUUAAGCAAAACUUAUACUGGUACUAAUUUAUGACUGAUCUGGAAUUUGAGUUCCCUAAUGUGACUUGUAAGAAUUGGAGAUGUUUUCUGGGAACUGCUAUUUCUAAAUAAUUGGUUAUCAGCUAAUAAGCCUUGAGAACUACUAUGCUUUUAGCAAUCAGACCUUUUAGAUCUAGUAGAAUUUAGGAAAACUGGAAAAAAAUCUACAGACUUUAUUUGGAAAUUAAACCUAACAAUUGUGGCAAUAUACUGUAAAGAAGAGAUCUGAUCUUUAUUGUGUAUAUCUUGUAGAUAAAGUGGAUAAAAUUCUUGAUCUGCUUGACAUUUUAGUACUUCAGUGAGAUAUAUGCAGCAUCAGAAGCUGACUUCAUUCAGUGUUAAUGGAAUCAUGUGGUCAAGCAUUACUAAUACCUGUAUGUCUGUAUCUGUAUGUCUGUGUAUGUUAUGCUUUUGAGUAAAAGCGAAUAGGACUAUUUGUGUAGAGGAUGUUUGAAGAACCUAUGUAUAUAUGAAUGCUUAGAAAACUUCUGCUACAAAAGAAUGCCUUUUCAUGCUGAGCAUUGUUUCAGAACUUACUUUCAUUUUUGUCUGACAAAUGAUGUGCUGCCUGAAAGUAUAUGCGUGUAAAGUAGCCACAGACUACAACUUUCUAACGGUGGGGAUUCAUCACAUAAGCUGUGUUUCAGGUGCUCCUCUAGUAUUUGAAUUUUCACAUGCUGCACAGGCAUUUGAAAUAUUUAUUUUUGCUCCUUUCCCCACCAUGGAAUGAAGCAUUUGGAAGAAAGAGGAGAUUCUACCAGAAUCUAAACUUGGUAAUUAACAUUGAUAUUUCCUGUAGUAGUGUGAUCAUUGAGCAUGGUUUGGCAGAAAAUGGUUUUCCAGAAUUGACUAAGCACUAUUUUCACAAAUGCCAUUUGAUAUGACAGCGAUUGAAUACGGCUAUUGUUUCUGGCUGUGUAAAGAAUCAGCCAUCAGCUUUUUGUUUAUGUGGUAUAGCAUUCAGAAGUGUUGAUACAGUAGAAUGAGGAAGAAUGCUAAAUGACAGAUUGUGUGUAUGAGGUGGUGUCAUAGACAAGUGUGUUACCGGAGAUGUGUGUUUCAGAAUUUGCUUGGUGCUUGUUCAUGAGCAUUCUGAAUCAAAGCAUUAGGUAAUAGUUUUUCUGAUUUUAUAGCUACCUAGCUUAGUGGCUUGGUUAUGGGGGGCAUCAUAGAGUUGCAGAAUGCAGUACUGCUAGCUUGUCACAUACAAGGAGCUAUAUAAGUUCUACCAGGUUGCAUGCUGGUAGUGCUCCCUAGGCAAAAUUCAGUUAAAAGUCCAAGUAGAUGGUGAGCUGGCAUUCCAGUGUGCUGCACAUGGAAUUGUGGGCACGAGCAGGUACGCAAGCAGGGUAGGUACCUCCUACCCUAUUCCAACCCAAACACCAACCUCAAUAAAGGUGUUACUCUAAUGCAAGGACUCUGGGGAGCUGGGAACUUGCUGACAGAAUGCCUGGUGAUGGUCAAAAAUACUACUGCAAAAGAGAGUUUUUGAAGUAGAAAGGCAGAAACUUGUAAAGAACUAAAUGAUCCCAUAAAUGAAUUCAUCUGUCCCACCCUAGGUGAUCACAGGAUAUUCCUUCAGGCAUUAAAGAAACUCAGGUUAUAGCAUGAAAAACAAGUAUAUAGGAGGUUUUUCAAUAGCUGUUUUCUGUUCACCUGCAUUUAUUUGAAGGAGCUGCAGUGCCAGAAGUUCGUGUUAUGGACAGUGCCCAAAGGAUUUUAUUGUUAACAACACUGAAGGGGGAACAUAGGCAAAAAAACAAAAGGUCUCUAAUUAUAUGAUAAAAAAGAUAGGGAGUGCCCAGAGAAAGAAGGAGCAUACUUUGUGAAAUCUUGUUUCAGUUGUCCCAUCAAGUAGGCAGGAAGUAGAAGUAGCAAUAGUCAUUGCUGUGUUCACUCAGUCUUCAUUGUUUCAUUGUUGUUAUUUUUAGAGAAUAACUUACCUAAUUAGGGUAUAACUUGGCACUGGUGCUGGAAGAGCGUGUUUCUCUCUGUAGGCCCCCUACAGAAAGGAUGCCUGAACAGUUACUCACUGUAAUUGUUAGCAAAGUUUCUCAUUGUGACUUCUUCAGUUCCGACGCCUAGGUAGAAGAAGCUUUUGAUUUAAAGAGAAAUCCUGACUACUGACUAUCUUUUAAUGAAACCUGGGAAAUUAAUUACUAUGUCUUACAAAAUGGCGGAGGGUCAGCCGUACUUAUGGAGACUCCUUAGGUAUUCUUGUGAUAAUUAAAAUAUAUAAUCAAUAUAAUGUUCUCAAGGGGGAAAAAAGGUUUUAUACUUUGCUUUUAAAUCUAGUGUAUACACAUUCUACUGCUUCCAUUGACCAGAGGUUUUGAAAAACUUAAUGAAAGAUAAACCUGCAGCUAGUCUGAGGUACUGCUGUUCUGUACAUUCUGUGAUGUAUCACCGUGGUCACACAAAUAGCAUGUGGUCCUGUUCAGUGCACUGCAAGUGAUGUAAGGUGUGACCCUGCUGUGCUGGCUCAAACACUGCAAUGGCAGCACAGCUGAGCAUUGUGACUCCUUGUACUGUUAGUUCUGCUAGAGGACUUUGGGCUGUGCUGAAUUCUGUUUUUGUCAAUAGUGAUGAAGUUUGUUUGCUGUUGUUAUUCAGAGUGACUGUGACUGCUGAGUUUGGAUGAUGAUUUGUCAUAUUCACAGCUAUUUUCUGAGCAUAAUAAAGUUAAAGCUGCUGCCUAAAACAUACAUAAGUAAAGUUGCUUCUUAGGGAGUAGUAGUAUGUUUCAAAUGAAAUCUGUUUCAGUGUUUUAAUUCAACCUCUUAUCCCCUCUUGCCUUAGGGAUUUGAUAGCAGAAAAAAUCCUCAACUUAGGACAUGGAUCUACAAGAUGUUAUCUGGGAGAGUAGAUUAACAAAGGGAAUGUUUCUUAAAGAAAGAUAGGGAGAAAAGUGUAAAAGACUAGCUUUAUUUUGUGUAGAGCUCAAUAACAACUUAUUCCUUAAGCUGUGAAGAGAAUUGAUUCUGGAACCUUGUGGCUCCCAGUGUUCCAGAAACUUAAAUCAGUCCUGAGAGAUUUGGUGAUAAAUCAGAUUCUUCUUCUCAAUGCCCUUUCACCUCUGUUGGUUUUGAAAUGUUAAUUACAGGUAUGCAAAAUCCAUGGCUGUGGUGAGAUGUCAUCUUUCAUCCCUAUUGCUAUUCCAGGGAGAUUAGAAAAAAAUCUAAGCAAAUCCCAGAUACAUUGAGGGAAUCUGGUCAAAUCUAGCGCAGUGAGAAAGAACAGCUUCUCUGCAUUGCUGAGAUACUGGAUACUGGUUUCUUUAUAACAAGGAAAGUCUAAAUUCCUGUAACGCUGAGGAUGGGGAAGGAUUAUUAUUCUAUUCUGGGAAUUGAAAAAGGGGCUUCUGAAGAGGAUAUCAAAAAGGCUUACAGAAAACAAGCACUUAAAUGGCAUCCGGAUAAGAACAAGUCUGCUCAUGCAGAGGAAAAAUUCAAGGAGAUUGCAGAAGCUUAUGAAGUGCUGAGUGAUCCCAAAAAGAGAGACAUUUAUGAUCAGUUUGGGGAAGAAGGUCUGAAAGGAGGAGCUGGAGGACCUGAUGGACAGGGUGGUACCUUCCGGUAUUCCUUCCAUGGUGAUCCACACGCUACGUUUGCAGCUUUCUUUGGUGGCACAAAUCCUUUUGAGAUCUUCUUUGGAAGGAGAAUGCCUGGUGGUAGAGACACUGAAGACAUGGAGGUGGAUGGUGAUCCAUUUGGAUCAUUCACUAGUUUCAGUAUGAAUGGUUUUCCAAGAGAAAGGAAUACAGUAGGUAGCCAGUUACGUCGUAAACAAGAUCCCCCUGUAAUUCAUGAGCUUAAGGUGUCAUUAGAAGAGAUAUAUCAUGGCUGCACAAAAAGGAUGAGGAUUUCACGUAAAAGGCUGAACCCAGAUGGUAGAAGUGUCCGAACAGAAGACAAAAUUCUCACUAUUGAAAUAAAAAGAGGAUGGAAAGAAGGCACCAAAAUCACUUUUCCAAAAGAAGGUGAUGAAACACCGAACACAAUUCCAGCUGACAUUGUUUUUAUCAUAAAAGAUAAACCUCACUCUCAUUUCAAGAGAGAUGGAUCAAAUAUUGUCUAUCCUGUUAAGAUCAGCUUAAGGGAGGCAUUGUGUGGCAGCUCUAUCAAUGUGCCAACAAUAGAAGGAAGAACCAUACCCAUGACAGUAAAUGAAGUUGUAAAGCCUGGGAUGAGAAGAAGAAUUAUAGGAUAUGGUUUGCCAUUUCCCAAAAAUCCUGACCAACGUGGAGACUUAAUUAUAGAGUUUGAAGUAAUUUUCCCAGAUAACAUUUCUCCAGCAUCAAAAGAAGUACUUAGGCGAAAUCUUCCAGUUUCGUAAAAUGAGGACUAUGUCAACUGUUUAAGCAGGACACUGGAAAUGCAGAAGACUGGCAAGUCUGUGCUUUAAAAGUGCAAUGUGUAACAACUAGUGGAAUAUCUGUUUGUUUUUUUUUGUUUGUUUGUUUGUGGGUUGGGUGGGGGGAAAUAUUGUAAUGCUGCAUGAGAAGAAAAGAGUUAAGUACAAGUCAUACGGAUGACUUCUGCAGUAUACUUUACAGGGAAAACCACUCAUAUUUUAUAUUAGAUCUUCCUAAUCAGAAAAGCUUAUUCAGUAUUUUGCUUAAUAUAAAGCAUAGUCAGUUUUUACAAAGCCAAUGCAUAUUUCUGAUAAAGUACUCAAGCCACCAAGUACUUUUAUUCCUUAUAUCCCUACUCUAUCUAACAUAAACAGUUUAUACAGAAAUUGGAUGUGGUAGAAAUAUACACAUGCGAACACUUUAAAUUACAAAACAGUAAGGAUGCUACUUGGUAUGUUGCUUUCCACUGCACAAAGCAUAGUCUGGGAAAAUCAGCUUGGACUCCUAAAUUGCCCCCCAUUGAAAUCAAAGUAUUUUCUUUAUUUCAUCAGAAUGUGAGGGGUCUGCAUUGGAAGUCUAGGAAAGAGCAUGUAUCUUGAGGAGAAAGUAGCUGUUUGUUGAGUGGUUCCUCAUGCUUCAGGCAGAACAGCAAGAAAGGAUUGUACAAGUACAUAUACAGCAAGUGUGGGCCUGCUGUCAAAUGAGACAGGGAAAUUGGGUGACAAAUAACGUAGAGAAGUCUGAGAUACUCGGUGCCUUCUUUGCCUCAAUCUUUACCAAUAACACAGUCAUGACCAGGAGUCAGCCCCCUGAAACAAGGAAGAGGUAACCUCAGUGGUGGUGAACCAACAUAGAGGUGCAUUAAACUAAAUAUACAGAAAUCCAUGACACCUGACAGGUUGCAUGCAGAAGUGCUGAAGAAUCUAGCUAAUGCCUUUACAAGGCCUCUCAAUUAUCUUUUAAUUUGAGAAAGGUUUCUGUAGACUGGUAAGAAGCAAAUAUCGCUCCUAUCUUCAAGAAAAGCUAGAGAGAAGAAAUGAGGAAUUACCAGCAAGUCACCCUUAAUGCAGUCCCUGGGAAGGUGAGAAGGAAUAUCCUUCCAGAGAGCAUUUUCAAACAUGUGGAAGACAGUAAUGCAAUUUAAGGUCAGCAUAGAUUUACAGAGGGGGAAUCAUAGUUGACCAACUUGAUUUCAUUCUACAGUGUGGCGAUUAGCUUGGUGGAUAAUGGAAAGUCUGUGUUCUUUACCUUGACUUUAGUAGGCAAAUUGACAAAGUACAGAUAGAUAAGUAGACAAUGAGAUGAAUUAAAAAUGACUGAAUGAGUGGCCACAGGGGUUUUGUUAUCAGUGUCACAAAGUUCACUAGGAGGUAAGUCACUAGUGGUGUAUGCAAAUGCUCGAUACCGUGGCCAGUAAUAUUCAACAUCUUUGUUAAAGACCUGUAUGAUGGAAUGGAAUGCACACUCAGCAAGUUUGCAUGUCACACAGAACUGUGAGGAGUGGCUGAUAACACCAUGUUGAUUGUGCUGGCCUUAAGAGAGGCUUUGGUGGUCCAAAAAAACCAUACAGAGGAAAAAACAUACAGUUCAGUGAGUAAAAAUUUUGCUCCCUGAAGUAUUACUGAGGUAUCAGUACAGUCUUGGGGCUUGCUGUCUGGAAAGCAAUUUUGCUGAGAAAGGGCUUUGAGUUUCUGGCAGACAACAAACUGACCAUGAACUAGCAAUGUCCUUGCAGCAAAACAGGCUAAUGGUAUCCUGGGUUGCACUGGGAAGCCUUGUGAGUAGAUUGAGGGAGGUAAUCCUUCCCUACUCCUCACUAGUGAGGCUGCAUCUGUCAUACUGUGUCCUGUUGUAUGCUCCCCAGUAGAAGGAAGACAGUGGCUUGAUGGAACAAGUCUAUGAGAGAUUGAGAGAACGAGAACUCUUCAGUCUGGAACACAGAAAGCUCAGAGGGUUCUUAUAAAUGUGUACAAGCAUUUGGAAGGAGGGAAUGAGGAGAAGGGAGCCAGACUCUUCUCAGUAUCACCCAGUGUUGGGACAAAAAGCAUGGGGACAACUUAAUACACUUUUUUUUUUUUUUAAUACUGCAAAGGUGGUCACAGACUGUGGAGUAUCCAUCCGUGGAGAUGCUCGGAACCAAACUGGACAAAGUCCUGGGCAGCCUGGUCUAGCUGGCCAUGCUUGAGGAGAUUUGGGUGAUCACCAGAGGUUCCUUCCAACUUAAAAGAUUCUGUGUACACUGACUUAGGAACCUUUUUCAAUAGACAGUAUUAAGGACCAUGCUCUGUAAUUGAGGCUUAGCCCAAAGAUGGGUGAUGCUGAUGUGACAGCUUGAAUCCAUAGGGAGUAGGUUUUUGGGUGGAAAGAUGUAUAAAGAACACUGUAGAAGUGUACCGUAGAGCAGAUACAGUUGACAUCAAGUUCAGACCUUGAAAAUAAUGCAGAUUUUAACUUAAAGAAAAUCCCAGGUCCUAUCUAAGGAGAAGUCUGCUGCAGACAUGAAGUAGGAUAGGAGUUACCCACAAACUUCUACGUGCUUGCAUUGAGUCUUUUCUGAAUACAAACAUGACUUAUCUUUGGAGUUAAAAGGUGCAUAGGGAAAAGGAAAGCCCUCUGUAAUAGUCUAGUUUUGUAAUAUUGUAAUAGGGCUGGUUCCCUGCAUUUUGGUGGAAGAAAUGCCUUGCAGAUUUGUUCUUGUUACUUGAGUUUAAAAUAUAAUAGAGUGCUUUAGCAACAGUUUCAGAGAAUGCUUUUCUUCAUAAGAAGAAAAUAUAUAGAAUUUGCUGUUAGCCUUUUGACUGUGGAAACUCAGUAGUUACCUGCUUUGUUAGGUAGCUUAAGAAAUAGCAGUAUUAACUUCAUAUAAACGCUUUUCUGUGGGAAAGUAAAUAAUAUGGAAGUUGGGAUUCAAUUUACAAUAGCUUUUUAAUGAGCACAAAAAAUUCCAUUUUUGUUACUCAAUGAAAUAGAACUUCUGGAAGAUACUGUUCAAAUAAUUUUUCAACUGCGGAUCUCUUUGUAUGUUGUCAGUUGUAGUCCUACAACUGCAGUAGAUCUACAAGGAAUGAAACAAUUGCUGGAGCAGUAUCACAAAGGGCAAACUUAGCUGCUUAAUGUUUCUGCGUAUUGUUAACACUAUAUCUUGUUUGUUGAAAAAGUUCCCAAUAUGUACUGUAUUGCAUUUCUUAUGUGGUUUUUAAGUAAAAAGUGUAAAGUUGUUUUUUCA